AGCUUGACGGAGGCGGCUGGGGCUGGGCCAGGGGGGCGCGCUAAGGGCCAGAGCACCGGCAGCAGGUGGGCGCGGUGCGAGCUGGCGGCGGCGGGCCGGGGGCUGCCGGGCGGCGCACGGGCCGGACGUGGCCGGCCGUGCGGAGCGCCAUGGACUUCAACAUGAAGAAGCUGGCGUCGGACGCGGGCAUCUUCUUCACCCGGGCCGUGCAGUUCACAGAGGAGAAAUUCGGCCAGGCCGAGAAGACCGAGCUUGAUGCCCAGUUCGAGAACCUUCUGGCCCGGGCAGACAGCACCAAGAACUGGACGGAGAAAAUCCUGAGGCAGACAGAGGUGCUGCUGCAACCCAACCCCAGUGCCCGAGUGGAGGAGUUCCUGUAUGAGAAGCUGGACAGGAAGGUGCCCUCGAGGGUCACCAACGGGGAACUGCUGGCUCAGUACAUGGCAGAGGCGGCCAGUGAGCUGGGGCCCACCACGCCCUACGGAAAGACACUGAUCAAGGUGGCAGAAGCAGAAAAGCGCCUGGGAGCCGCAGAGAGGGAUUUUAUCCACACGGCCUCCAUCGGCUUCCUUACACCCCUGCGCACCUUCCUGGAAGGGGACUGGAAGACGAUUUCGAAGGAGAGGCGGCUCCUCCAUAACCGGCGUCUGGACCUGGAUGCCUGCAAAGCACGGCUGAAGAAGGCCAAGGCCGCAGAAGCCAAAGCCACGACGGUGCCUGACUUUCAGGAGACUAGACCUCGUAAUUACAUUCUCUCGGCCAGCGCCUCCGCGACUCUGGAUGACACUUCCCGCCCCCCUUCCUGGGCCGAGUGGAAAGAGGAGUAUCCAGGAGGGUGGAGACGGCCCUGUUUUUUCCUUGUGCCUUUGAACCCCAGUGUGACUCGGGCACGAGGCUGCCUUUCUCUGCCGAAGGACAGAAAGCUCUGGAAUGAUGAGGUGGACAAGGCUGAGCAGGAGCUCCGAGUGGCCCAGACAGAGUUUGACCGGCAGGCAGAAGUGACCCGGCUCCUGCUGGAGGGAAUCAGUAGCACGCACGUGAACCACCUUCGCUGCCUCCAUGAGUUCGUUGAGUCUCAGACCACUUACUAUGCCCAGUGCUACCGCCACAUGCUGGACCUACAGAAACAGCUGGGCAGCUCCCAGGGAGCCAUAUUUCCAGGCACCUUCGUGGGCACCACAGAGCCCGCUUCCCCGCCCCUCAGCAGCACCUCGCCCACCACCGCCGCGGCCACUAUGCCUGGGGGGCCCUCUGUGGCCAGCCUGGCUCCUCCGGGGGAGGCCGCUCUCCGCCUGGAGGAGGUGGCGCCUCCCGCCAGCGGGACCCGGAAGGCCCGGGUCCUCUAUGACUACGAGGCGGCCGACAGCAGCGAGCUGGCCCUGCUGGCUGACGAGCUCAUCACUGUCUACAGCCUGCCUGGCAUGGACCCUGACUGGCUCAUUGGCGAGAGAGGCAACAAGAAGGGCAAGGUCCCUGUCACCUACUUGGAACUGCUUAGCUAAGCAGGCCCCCUCCCAGGCCCCUGCCCAUUCUGGCCUGGGCAGGAGAGGAUGGGUGCAGCCCUGCCACUUGUCUUGUCUGUUGGUGACCCAGCUGCUCAGGGUGGGGAAAGUAACCCCAUCCCAUCCCGCCCCUGGUCCUCCAGCUGCGAGGGGCCCCAGAAGCUGAAUGAUCCCGGCCCCUCCCCCAGCCCUGCUUCUGGAGAUUCCCCCCCCACGCCCCUGCCUGCAUUUCUGAGCGUACCAGCCCUCCCGGCUCCUGCUAAGGAGGGAGGGCCUGGCUGCAGCAGCUGCACUCAGCGCCUAGGCCCGUGGGGGUCAGUGCAGAAGGCCUGAGGAAGCCCUGGGGUGCACCCUGGGGGAGGGAGCUCCUGCCUUUUAGUUGCCAAAAGCAGCAAAGGGGGAAAGGCAGGCAGGUGUGUGGAGGCCUGAGGACCGGAUGUCGUCCCCUCUGGAUGAGCUGGAGCAGAGGGGAGCCUGGGCCACGGAGCGGCAUCUCCCUGGUGCUACCCUUCCCCUCAUACAGCUCAAGCCAAGUAUGGUGGCUGCAGCCUGCACCUCUCCACACUCACUUUUUAACUGAUCUUUUUACUCUGCCUGUCUGCUUGCUCUCUAGCCAGUGACAAAUAAUAAACCAUCCUUCGUGUG